UUGAAAAAUGAUUGUUCUUUCCACUUUCUCUAUCGGUUUUUUGUCUGUUACUUAGAACGGAAACACUCAGUUUCGCGCGAACCUCCAGUACUUAGUGCCGCGACUGUCGAAACAGAAGUCCAAACGGAUUGCGAAUCCACUCGGAAACGGUCUCGGAGAGCCUAUCGUGAAGUAUCAACGAACGCUUUUCCUGAUGUGAUGGAUGCCGUGAUGAUGGAAAAUGAGAUUGCGCGGUUGGAGCGAGAAAAUCAACGUCUCAAUCUCCAAUUGGCUUUUACCAGAGCUGAAAUGGCUUUUGAGAUGCGGCACCGUAUAGCCGAAUUGCGACGUGUGUGGAAUUUCGAGGUAACAGCGGUUCUGGAAGCGGCCAGUUCGAUUUGGGAGCAGGAUCUAAUCAAGAUUGUUGAUGCUGUCNGUCAAACUGCCUGUCAAGCCAAGCACUGGGCAUCACAUAUCAAUUCCUGUGUCCAAGCUAGAUCCCAACAAGCCCUCGCGGAGGCAAACGCCGCUGCGCCCACAAUCACCAUCCCCGGAAUGCCUGCCACUGUGGUUUCAUUGCCCGUGGAGAAAGCAGAACGCGUGCACCAACAACAACCACAAACGACCAUAGUGGCUUGGUCGACCGUGCCGGUUCCCUCCGUCAGUUCGGCACCAGUGCACACGAGCGGUUUGGCACGUGCGAAUGCUAGCAAUUCAAUCCGUGGCAAACUGAACCCGUGA